AUGAAUUCCGUGAUCUCCAGUCCUGAAUUGGGUCGUGCACCUGCAAGCUUCGGUGGCGUUCUUUUCGAUGAAGGCGUUAUCGAUAUCCGGCGUCUCGACGCGAUCUUUCACGAGACUUCUUCGCAGGAAAAAAGACAGCGCACGCAUCCGCUUUCUCCUCGUGUCGACGACGACUUCGCGUCUCAAGAAUCGCAAGUGCUACUGUGUCAACUGCUAGGUACCAGCAGACAACGAGAAGCUCGUUUGUUACUUGCUACCAUUCGGGGCCUCCGGGUACAUUCAUAG